UGCUGUAAAAUGAAAGGUGGAGAUCGUGUACAUUUUUAUGGACGCUGUAGACGAUCCUGCCUAUGCCAGAGUGGCAAUUUGUGAUUUGUCGCCUUUUUCUGUGUCUUUAUCACUGUUUUCUUCUCUGAGUCUCCUUCUAACUUCAAUUUGGAAAGCACGCUUCGCAACUUGCAACUCGAAAUCGUCGAUUUAUUCUGGAAGUGCCUGUCUGCUGAAAAUAUAUAUAGGGCAUUGUUGUUCUCUUUUUGUGAACUGCGGUGGAGGGAUUGAAGUACCGUUAUAGGUAGAGGAUGGCAUGUAGGGGAUGCUGGGAGUGCCUUUUGAAGCUUUUGAACUUCAUAUUGAGCCUCACUGGUCUUGCCAUAGUGGGCUAUGGAAUCUAUCUUUUUGUUGAAUUCUCUAAAGCUUCAGAUGGCGACACUCUGACGACUUCUCCUGUCAGUGAUGAUUCUGCCCUGAUUCAACUUGGUCGGCCCGUGCUUAUGACUGUCUCUCUAUCCGACGAUUUUUUUGAUAACCUGCCCAGUGCUUGGUUUAUUCUUUUAUUUAUUGGUACUGGAGUAGUUCUCUUUCUCAUUUCUUGUUUUGGUUGUAUUGGAGCUGCAACACGGAAUGGAUGCUGCCUGAGCUGUUAUUCAAUUCUGGUGGUAUUAUUGAUCUUGGUAGAGCUGGGAUGUGCAGCCUUUAUAUUCUUCGACAAAAACUGGAAAGAAGAAAUCCCAACAGACAAAACUGGAGAUUUUGAUGCGAUAUAUGAAUUUCUGAGUGAGAAUUGGAAUAUUGUGAGAUGGGUUGCUCUUGGAAUUGUUAUCUUUGAGGCCCUACUUUUCUUGUUAGCCCUUAUUGUUAGGGCUGUAAAUAAGCCUGCAAGUUAUGAUAGUGAUGAGGAGUUCAUUAAUCCAAGGCAGCCAUUACUCAACAGACCAGCACCAGCCCCAGUAACAGGGUUACCAGUUGCUGGGACUAUUGACCAACGUCCAAGCAGAAAUGAUGCAUGGAGUACACGGAUGCGGGAGAAGUAUGGACUUGAUACUUCGGAAUUCACAUACAACCCAUCUGAGUCCAGCAGGUUCCAGCAAGUGAACUCACAGCCAACUGAAGAAAAGAGCCGUUGCACCAUAAUGUGAUCUCUUUUUCUGAGUUUGUGUUCACAACUCAAGCUGUUACUGGUUCACUCCAUGACGUGUGACCAACAUCAUCUUCAUGUUUGUGUGUAAUAUUGUGCUGAGACGUCAAAAUUUACAGUGGCGUUGCUGUAAAUAAAACCCUUAAAAAUGGUUUCAUUCGCAUGUUUGUUGUAUGUGGAUUUUCUGCUCUGUGACAGUUCAAUUUGGAGUAAAUUAAACCACGGCAUUUCUCCGUUGAUGAA